AAUUCUAGAUUUGAAGUUUUCAUUGCAUUGUACUACAAUUCGCUAUCGCUCACCGCCAUCGUGGUCUCUCCACUGCUGAAUGAUGGCCUCAUCACGCCGCCACCACCACGCCUCUGGCCUGCCAUGAUCGCGGCCGAGCGAGGCCCGGAGCUUCGUCUGGAACGAGGCGAGGGUCCGGGCAGUGAUGGGGCACCAGCAAUUUCGUAUCCAUAAGAGAGGUUUUUUGUUGUUGUUGUUGUUUGGGUUAAGAUCGCCUAAAUAUAAACGUGUCGUUAAACCCGCCACCACCCGACGCAGCCGAUUAACAAAGGGGUUUGUCACGUAGACACAAACGUGGCAAUUCGUUAGUUUCAGCAGCACACCACCGCGGGUAUGUUUGGGAGAAUAAAACCCACUUAGAAACAUUUAUAAAUUAAGAGUGCACGGCUCCGUUGGCCCGGUUCGCAUACAGGCGAUGGCCACGAGAGUAUGCCUUGCACAGAACAACAGUAUUAGCUGGCUUCGUCUCCGCAUUGUGACCGUCGCGGACUUCGCCAACACAGACCCUGCGGUGGUGAAGUCCGGGCGGGUCAAAAAGGCCAUGGUGAACGCCAUACACAAAGAAGCAAAGCUGCUGUGUGGCUUGGAGGCGUCGAUGGUGCCUGUGGCGGGGGUUGGUGUGCAGCUGGGCGAUUCUGGCCUCUGUGACUCGGACGACACGGACUGUGCCGACCUCGGGGAGGAGGAGUUGUCGCAGUCCCAGCAUCACGCCAACGCCAAGAGCCGCAAGAAGAGAAGCAAGCCGGCCAGCAAGGCAGAGGACGAUGGUGACGAGGGAGGGCAGGAGUUCCCCAUGGACCUCUGGCUGCUGCUGGCCGCGUACAUCCGGCCCGAAGACGUGGGCCGCUUCGCGCUCAUCUCCAAGCGCGCGUGGUUCGUCACGUGCACCACGGUCUUCUGGGCUCGCCUCUACCGCAGAUACUACCACCGUGGUGCGGAGCUGCCCACACGCCUGCAGCCCGAAGAGGUGGCACGGUGCCAGCGCGGCCUCAAGGCGAACGUCGUGCGCUCGCUGUGCCACCUCUACGAGCCGUUCCGCAGCCGCGUGCAGGACCUGCCCCCCCUGCCCGACAGCACGCCCGACACCCUUCAGCAAGCCACAUGCCUCAUGUCAUGGCACAGAAAGGUGAACUGCAGCACACACAGCCAGGAGCAGCACAAGUGGGAGUUCAACUUCAAAUUUAGAAAACAGGGGGGGAUGGGGCUGACACCCAGGGGGGCGGCGCGCCCAGCGCUGGCAGUGCCACGCGAGUACCAGGGGGUGAGCGAGAACGCUGACGGCGACUGCUGCCUUCUGCAAGUGACGGUGCUCAACUUCAUCCUCGUGCCCGUCGUCAUGGGCAUGACGCUCUCGCAGCUGAUGAUCUCCGUGAGCACCGACAUGCGGCACCACCGCGUCAAGCUGGCGUUUGCCGACUCGCCAGCUCCGCGCGGGCGGACGCGCCGGCGCGUGGACGCCGGGCCCCUCGUCGUGCUCGACCCCGUGUGCAGCGUGCGCAUCCUGCCCUGGUGGCACCCACUCUACCCCUACUGACAGGGUCGCGCGCGGGAGGAAGCGAUGGCAGGGGGAGAGGCAAGGCAGGCGACAAAGGAUAGGGGCAAGGCAGAGUAGAACGGGCACCACCAGGGCAAUGUGCGCACCCUGUCCUGGUGGCAUCCGCUCUACCCCUACUGACAAGGUUGCACGGGGAAGGAAAGGGAUGAUGUGGUGGGGGCAGGGGGGGUACCUAUAGAGGAAGGAUAGACAGGCAGGGAAGGAUGGAGUCCAGAAAGGCCAGAGGGGUAUAAGAGGAAUGAGAUCGGGAGAAUUAAGACAUAAAUGGGAGGAAACCUAGAAAUAGAUGAUACUGUGGGAGAGGAAGGAAUGGCGUUUUGGAAGCCCUAUAUGCCAUCCACAUGUUUUUUUAUUUCCAUCGCAUGGUUUGCGCUCAUAAAUAGUGAGUGUGCCCUUGUUUUUCCCCCAAGUGUGAAACGGUACCUCUACUUUGCCUUGAGGCCCCACCAUUAACUACAACACACAUGGCCGUAAUAUCUCAUUGCCUGUGCAUUCACCCAACCUGACUGGGUAAAGGUGUGUACACGUGGAUUUUUUUUGCAAAAGAGUUACAGUGAGUUUAAACGGAAUGAAGAUGUCCCAAACGAUCUUUGAUGAGGUGAUUGCGUGGUAUAGGUUGGCCAAAGCCAGAAUGUGGAAGCUGCCUCAAUAUCAUUAUGGAAUGAACAAUUGAAACGGAUGGGUCAACUGUGUUGCUCAGAAUGUCACAACACAAAGGUCAUGCGCCAUUCAAGUCUUGUUGAUGCUUGCCAUGGUCUCAGAAAAAUCACAGCAUAACUUUGUUCAACGCUCUUGGUGAUAUUGUUAAGUUGUAAAAAUAAUUCUACAUGUGUACAUACCCCAAGGUUGAUUUGCAUUGACUUUUAUAUAAAAAAUAUAUAUCGUGAACGGCUUCCUCCAUUUUUGAAGAGGUGGUUCAGGAGCGAUGCAAAUCACAAACAAGUGUCCCCGUGCUAAAACAUUAACCGGUAGGAUCUCGCGACCAAUAUCCAUGAGGUUUUUUGGAUUAGAUUGCAUAAAUAUACAUUUCGUUAAACCUGUCACAAUCUGGCUGUCGCCUGAUGAUGCUGGUUGUAAUUUCUAGGGAAAGGUCGUACUCGAAUUGUAAAUUCUGUGGAUUUACUCUCCAACACACCGGUGUGCUGUACUAGUAACGAAUUGGCGCGUUUUGUUUACGUGACAAACCUUACUGAUUGGCUGUGUCUAGUGGUGGCGGGUUUAACGACAUUUUUUCAUGCGAUCUCACCAAAAAAAAAACCUAUGGACAGUAUCAAUUGCCUGUUGCAAAUCCCUACAUCACUUUUCUUUGCAGAAUAUCAUCGCUUGCUGGGUCCACACAAUGACCGGAGCAAGUGACUUUUUUUAUUGAUUCUGCCACUUGCCACACUGAGUUGGAAGUGAGUUCCAUAGUGGGAGGCUCCACUGCUGUGAAUUCAAUUCGGGAAGCAUUGUUUACCACGUUGAAUUCACUUUGUAAUGUAAAUUGGAAGGAGUACAAGGUUGGAUGUGGUCCAAAAAAUCCAGUUAUCGUUAAUGUGGGAAAACUGUUACUGGAAAGUACAUGGAUCAAAGCGUUGUUCGUAAUGCAAACACAUGAGACACUUUGAAUUAAUGAUUUGACCAAACCCAUUUUACACCUCGUGCGCAUCAUUUGGAUGAGAUUUUAGGCCUUCGCCUAAAGUGAAGCACUUACAAUGUGGAUGAAACAAAGCCACCGAGGCACUUUUACAGUUUUCUCAAGCAGCAGCAUUAACGCUGCUGCUUGAGAAAAAGUGUCCCCUUGCUAAAACAACAUUAAGGGUGCUAUUAAACGCCUUCGGGGAAUCCCCCGUUAGUAGAAAUUCCACAUUUCUAGUGGCGCCAAGUUUCAAUGCAAAUCGUGGUACCAGAUUUCUCAAAGCAGCCCUUAACAAUGCACUUCUUGUAUAAUAUGUACAUAAAGGAUGGUCUUAAAGAGAAUACAUCAAACAUUGAUAAUUAAUUUGACACACGUUCCCAAGCCUCUAUAACCACUUGUACAUAUUACAUUAUGGCUGCAGUGGGCUGUGGUAAAUCAAUGGGAUUAGAUUUUUUUUAAACGUCUAAUUCAAUUACAUCUGAGUUGGCCUGUUAACGUGCAGUCUGAUUUUAUAGGAUGUUGAUCAUGUGUCAUCACAGAAGUUAUAAGCAUAUUCAUACAUUACGCGCAUGAGUGUUGGAAAGUGUCGAUUUAAAGCUUUCGUGACUGCAGGGAUUCAUCUUCUUGGUUCUUUUGGUAAAGUCGCGUAGAAGGGAAAUAAUACAAAUAAAACAAUAAAAUAUUUUAUUGUUUUAUUUUAUUAUUUCCAUUCUACGUGACUUUACCGAAAGAACCAAGAUGUUGGAAAGUGGUAAUUUCCCAUUUUUAUGGCAGGGAUUUGUGUAAACCCACUUUUCAAAGUGGCAUUCAUAUCCACCGAGGAGGGGUAAUGUUUACCCCAACGGUGAUUUAAACUCGAUCUUCUGAAUGGUUGGCUAUGUAUGGUGUGAACAAUUUUUCAACAUACGUGCCACCCAGCUGCUAACCAGGACAUUAUCACAAAGGAACCUCAAAAGUUAAAAUCCACUUCGACACUGGAGGAAACUUUGCAGGUCCACUUAUAAUUCAUCCACGCAAAGCAGCACAGUUCAGUGCAUAUGAAAUGUUUAUUACGAAAGAGUUAAUCGGGGUUUGCCUUUGUGGACAAUUGAAUGAAUAACCUACUUCCACUAGACCUGUCGGGGUCUGGUCAAAUGUGCACAAGCACUGAAUGUUUCGAGUUUCAGGUUAUACUACACUUGGAGAUUCAGGCUAUGCAUUGGAAGAGGGUACUAUUUUAGGAUGAGUUUCAUUCUCUUGGCACUUUUAUAAUUAGGCAUGCAAUGAUUUAAGAUGUUUUACAAUGCAUUAAAGUGUACAUUCAUCGAU